CCCCAACACUACUGCCUCUAUCAACCCGACAGUCCAACAUGACUCAGAACACCCCGUCGACGGGCACUCAAUUACCGAUCAACCCAUCGCUUGAUGACUCCCCUCCGCGACCGCGCGGCCGCACCGCUCCUCCGUCUCCAUCCCCUCCACCAAUCGACCCUUCCUCGCUCCCCCAGCACCAACAACGAGUCUACAUCUGCCUGCGCACACAGGGCUGGGGCCCCCAGCAGUGUGACGUCUACAUUGCCAAGGUCCCCUGGCGGCAGAGCCAUAUCCACAUGAUCCUGCGCCACGUCGAGGGCUGGAGUGAGGAGCAGCUUCGCCGGCUCGAUCAACGCUGCGAUGCCGAGUGUCUCCCAGAGGGUCUACCGCCCCCCGACCCGGAGGAUGACAACAUUCCCGUGCCGAAUUUUUGGUUAAAUCACCGGCUGUUGCAGGAUGGGAACCUGCGCAAGCUGCGCAUUGCGAAGCGGAUGUUUGAGGAAAUGUCUGGGGCUGAGAGGGGAGAGAUGGAGGUGCGGCGGCGGCGGAGGGAGCAGCUGAAACGUGGUGCCUGA